UGGUGUACUGGUGUUAAACUGUUAACUACUAUAUUAUGAUAUUAUUAUUAUAUAUACAAUUUUUUUCUUAUGUGAUUUCUUAUUGUAUAUGUCCAAAUCAUUUUUUUUUUUUUUUUUUGUUAUUUUUUUUCAAUUCUGUAAUCCUGUAUCAUGUAAUACGUUUUGAAUGGUUUGAUAGUAGUCACCGACGGAUCGGCCCAUGACUCCCGAUUGAUUCUAUAAUUACGUUAUUUAAGUGCCAAAAGUGGUGAAGAGACCAUGACAUGAGAAUUUAGCAAACUAUCCGCGCUGUGUUUGAGAGGUACCAAUAAACAAUUAUUACUAACCAUUUAAUUCAGCACAUAAUGGCUGAAUCUAAAGAGCUGAAUGAUUUGGUUAUCGAUAAUAGCCUAAAUAUUGAUGAAUUACAGACAGAAUCAAAUGUUCUCAAUUCAGAUGAAAAUCAUAAAUCAAUUGAAGUAUCUAAUUUAGAUGAUAAUUUAUUGAGCAGUAAUAAUACUGAAAAUACAGUGACUCUUCUUUGCAAUCAAGAUUUACCUGAUGAUAAAGAAGUUGAUUCUAUAAUUGAAACCAAUGUCCUCAAUUCUGAUGAAAAUCUUGAGUCAACCGAAUUAUAUAAUUUGGAUGGUAAUUUAUUGAGCAAUAAUAAUACUGACAAUACACUGACUUCUCUUCACAAUCAAGAUUUACCUUAUGACACAGAAGUUGAUUCUAUAGUUGAAACUAACAUCCUUAAUUCUGAUGAAAAUCAUAAAUCAACCGAAUUAUCUAAUUUGGAUAGUAAUUUGUUAAGCAGUAACUAUACUGAAAAUUCACUGACACCUCUUCGUAGUCAAGAUUCACCUUAUGAUACAGAAGUUGAUCCUAUAAUUAAAACAAACCUUCUCAAUACUGAUGAAAAUGAUGAAUCAACUGAAGUAUCUAAUUUGGAUAAUAAUUUGUUGAGCCAUAACGAUACUGAAAAUACACUGACACCUCUUCAAAGUCAAGAUUUACCUUAUGAUACAGAAAUUAAUCCUGUAAUUGAAACAAACCUCAAUUCUGAUGAAAAUGAUGAAUCAACCAAAGUAUCUAAUUUGGAUAGUAAUUUGUUGAGCCAUAACGAUACUGAAAAUAAACUGACACCUUUUCAUAAUCAUGAUUCACUUAAUGAUGCAGAAGUUGAUUCUAUAAUUGAUAAAUCUAUAAUUAAUAAUCAAAAUCUGGAUUACAAAAUUGGUGAUAUUGUUUGGGCUAGAAUUGGGAAGUAUCCAUUUUGGCCUAGUGUUGUCUGUGUUGAUCCAACAUCAAACACUUAUAUAAAAGACAAAAAAUUUAUGAUACACGUACGAUUUUGUAAUGAUAAAGGUAGGCGUAGUUGGACAAGAUUUGUGGAAAAAUUUUUGGGCAAAAAUGAGUUCUUUUUAAAAUAUCCUAAUUGUUUUUCUACCCUUAAGUAUAAUAAAAAGUUAUUGGCUACAUGGGAUUUGGCAAUUGAAGAAGCUGAGCAUUUAUGUAAACUUGAUGGAAAAGUUAGAAUGAUUGAGUUCUUCAAAACAUUUUCUACAGAAAAUGUGACUUGUGUAACUCCUUCUUCAAGUAAUUCUUGUGAAGGUGCUGCUACUGAAUUGAAAGUAUGCACAUAUUCAAGAAAAAGAUCUCUUACCAUUUCAGAACAAGGUAAUGCUUUUAAACUAUUUAAGACUGAAAACAUUUCUGUGGAUGGUAGUACAUCAUCAAGAUCGAUUGAUAUUUCUCUACUAUCAAAAUCGGAUGACAUAGAUAGUACUCUUUCUGAUAUUUCUAUGAACUCUGUUUAUAUUGAAGAUGCAUUAGGUUUAAAAAAACGAGGAAUAACAAGAAAAAGAAGAUCUACAAAAACAUAUCUGCCGAAAAGUUCAAAUAUUGAUAAAUAUAACUCAUCUGAUUUAAUUAUGACUUCUCCAGAGUAUAAUGAUGAUAAUAUAUUACCAUAUGAUCCUGAUAAAUUAACAGCUACAACCAUGACUUCUACUUCCACUCGAAUGAUACCCUUGCAAAGGAAACAUGAAAUUAGAAUGUUAGAAGGUUAUUAUGAACAAGAAGAUGAAAUUUAUUCAAAUUCUCGCUAUUCUAAAAGAAAUGUAAUUUCUAAGAGUUCAUCUAAUUCUAAAAAAACAGCAAUAAAAAAACCCCGUCAAAGAAAAUCAACUUCUACUAAAAACAAGAGUGAAAGUAGUCCAGAACCAGACACGGCAGAAAGUGAAGUAUCAUCUAAGAAUGAAACAUUUAGUUCAAUUUAUGUGGCUAGUACAAAAAACAAACAACUCUUUAUAAAAACUUUAAAGAGAGCAUGUGUAGUUUGUAAAAAUAUUGAAGAUACUAUAAAAUGUAUGGGCCCAUGUCAAAGUUAUUUUCAUAAAGAAUGUUUAGAUAAAAGUGAAGAAAGAUAUCAUAAAAGUGAACCCAAGAUUAAGAUAAAAAAUAAAAAAUAUGGACGUUCUAAAAGACAAUACACAAAAUCUUCAGUUAAAAAUCGUAACUCUGUUACUUGUGUUCCACAACUAACAAAAAACAUAAAUGAUACAGAUAUUGAUGAAUUAAAUGAGAAAGAUAAUACAGUAACUAAAUCUUUGAAUGGUUUGAAGUCAUUACCUAAUGAACAAGGUGAUCUUGGUGAAGAAAUUAAAGUGCAUGAUCUACUUGAACUGAAUAAAACUGAAAAAGAUAGUAAAAUUAUUAUUGGUAAUGUACAUGAGAUAGAAUUGAAUGAAAUAGAAAAUUUAUCUAAAGAAUCAAUUGAAGAAAACAGUGAUCCUCCAAUUAUAUCUACAGAUUCAUCUGUAUCUAAAGAGAAACUAUCUAAACCUGAUUUACAAUAUUUAUGCAGCUUAUGUAGAGUUGAUAAAACUUACUGUUAUAUAUGUGGAUUAGAUAUUGAAGAUUCUGGACAAAGGAUUGCUUGUAAAAUAUCUAGUUGUGGAAAGUAUUAUCAUGAAAACUGUUUAAGAGAUUGGCCCCAAUGUCAAUGGAUUCAAGGAUCAAGGAAUAAUAUACGAACUGUGAUCUGUCCACAUCAUGUUUGUCAUUUGUGUAUUUCCGAUAAUCCUAAAAGUUCUUGUCAAACUCAUUUUCCUGCUGAAAAAUUAUCUAGAUGUAUUAAAUGCCCAACAGCAUAUCAUAGAAGUGAAUAUUGUUUACCAGCUGGUAGUGAAGUUUUAACUUACAGUGAUAUUGUUUGUAGCAGGCAUUUUGAACCACUUAAAUUGCAAAAUUAUCAUUAUAAUGCUACUUGGUGCUUUAUUUGUACAUUAGGUGGUGCAUUAAUUUGCUGUGAUCUGUGUCCUUCUUCAUUCCACAUAGAAUGUUUAAAUCAGAAUCCAUCAGAAUUUGUAUCCGGUUUUACUUGUGAAGAAUGUCAAACUGGACGAUAUCCAUUAUAUGGUGAAAUUGUUUGGGUUAAGAUAGGCAAUUAUAGAUGGUGGCCUGCUCAAAUUGUUUUUCCAAAUCAAGUUCCUGAUACUGUUAACGCAAUAGCACAUUCUGUGGGGCAGUUUGCUGUACGAUUUUUUGGAUCAUAUGAUUAUUAUUGGGUGAAUCGUGGCCGAGUAUUUAAUUUUCAUGAAGGGGAUGAUGAAAAUAUCUUAACUAAAAGUAAAAUGAAGGUUAUUGAUCAAGUAUUUCAAGAUGCCAUCAUAGAAGCAGCUCAAGCUCAUAAUGCUUACAUUUUAGAUAAAGACAAAAAUGAUGCUAUAGUAGCAAAAAAAUAUUCAACAAGGCCUCCAAAAUUUGUGCGAAUAAAAUUUAACAAACCCUUUGGCAAUGUAAAAAAUAUGGAAUUAAACACUAACACAAUGACUCCUUGUGAAUGUGACUCGACCAAGCCAAACCCGUGUGGCCCUGGUUCUGAUUGUAUAAAUAGAAUGCUCAUGUUUGAAUGUCAACCACAAAUUUGUCCGGCUGGAGACAAAUGUAAUAAUCAGAGAUUUACAAAAACCAUUUAUCCUAAUAUGGUUCCAUUUUUGACUAAAGGUAGAGGCUGGGGUCUGAAAACUUUAGAAGAUAUUAAAGAAGGAUCAUUUGUAAUUGAGUAUGUUGGUGAUGUUAUUGAUGAAGAAGAAUUUCAAAGAAGAUGCUUGGAAAUGCAUCAACGAAAUGAACAAAAUUAUUACUUUUUAACAAUAGAUAAUAGUAGAAUGAUAGAUGCUGGACCAAAAGGAAAUUUAUCCAGGUUUAUGAAUCAUUCAUGUGAACCAAAUUGUGUAACACAAAAAUGGACUGUAAAUGGAGAUACUAGAAUUGGACUUUUUGCUUUACAUGAUAUUCCAAGUGGUACAGAGCUGGUAUUUGAUUAUCGUUUACAAAGUUGCUCAGGAGUUGAGAAAAAACCGUGUCAAUGUGGAGCUGCUAGAUGUUCUAAAUUUAUUGGAGUCAAAGUGGAAGAAGAAAAAAAGAAAAUGGUUUUAACAAAUGAUGCUGAAAAAUCUAAGACUACUACAAAAAAUAAACGGAAACCAUUAAAACUAAAGGACAACAUUUCGGAUUCAGAAAAGUCUAAAUCAAACAAAGUAACUAAAAAUGAUCAAAACAUUUCUACUGCUGAAAAUGAAGUUAAUGUAACCAAAGUUGAAAGAGAUGAUUCUAAAAAACCAAAAAAUAAAGCAUCCGUUAGAAAACUGUCAUCUGUUAUAAAAAAUGAAAAUUCUGUACUCACAGACUCGCCUAAUACUAUUCAAAAGAAAUGGAAAAAUUCAAAUAAAAUAAGCACCAAUAUAACCAAAGUUGAUAACAAUGUUAAUUCUUUGGAACUUGAAGAAAAUAUUAAAUCAAAAAGAAAGUUAAAACAUACUUUAUCCACACCUUCGAGAAAACAAUUUAUUAAAGAUUAUUCAUCAGAUACAGAUGAUUCAAUCGUAAUGAAAAAAAAACGAAAAUGCAAGCGUUUUAAAAAAAAGAAUGUAAUCAAAACUGAUUUAUUACCACUGCCUAAAAAUUUGACUGAUUUAUCAACAGCUACAACAUUGUGUUUAUCCGAAGGAAAAGAUAAUGUUGCUGGUUUAAGUAUUGAAGAAGAUAUGAAAACAAACGAAUCAAUAAAUUGUAUAAAGGAUUUCAAGAAGACUGAACAAAAUCAUGAAGUAUUAAAAACUGUUGGUGCCGAUGUGAUCAAACCAGAUAAAUGUACAAUAACUCAAGAAAAAUCUAGACAUAGUUUAACUAGAUUGGCCAAAAGCAGACAUUCCUUUUUAUCUAAAAAUGAUACUAAUAAAGAUAAAAAUGAGCAGCCUAUUUUAUUCCCUAAAAGAAGAAAAUUCUCUAAAGAAAAAAAAAACACUACUAAAGUAUCAAAAACCAAACAAAAAUGUAGAGAAAUAGUAUUGAAAACUAUUGAAAAGAAAAAUAAAAUGAACAAACAGAGCUUACUGUCCAAAGCUUACUUCCAAAACGAUUCUUGUUUGGUAUGUGGCAAGGGUCAAACAGAACUAGCAUGUAAAAACAAAAAGUGUCCCAGAGUAUUUCAUCUAAGUUGUAUGAACAAAACUAGAAUUGUUAAAUCUGGAUAUAUUUGCCCAUCUCAUUUUUGUUCUGUAUGUAAUAAAAGAAAAGUAGUGGCAAAAUGUAAAUUUUGUGUGGAAUCUUUUUGUUCCUCCCAUACAAAAGGGAAUAUAUUUAAAGAUCCACUGGGUCAUGGGAUGCUGUGUACUACUCAUCAUCCUAGUAAAAAAUCAAUUCCCCCUGCAAGUAUUGCUACUUAUCAACCUAAUAAACAAUCAAUGCCUCUUGCAAAUGUUCCAUUGACUCCUAGCCUGAACAGUCAUGGUACAAGUAAAAUAAACACCAUCAAUAAUAACCUUGAGCCUGUUGAUCUUAUGGAUUCAAACCUUGAUGCAGUGAUUACUGAAACUGUACCAGAUGUUGAUGAAGGUCAGUUCGAUAUUGAUAUUGAUGAAAUCAAUGAAGAAGAGUACACAUUGACACAGGUAAUCAAAGAUGAGUGUGAUCGAGAAUACAUUCAUAUUGGUGGAUUUAAUGUGUGCAAUAUGUCAGACCUGGCCUCUGAUCAAGUAGAAGAACAUCUGAGACCUGUUGAUACAGAUGGUGAUCUUUUUAAGCCAUCAUCAGCCAAUGUUGUUAUUGACAUAGAUUCAGCAUCGGCAUUGUAUCAGCCUACUGAUACUGUUCAACUAGUGUCUAUUGCCUCAGAAAAUAAAGAUAACCACAACUAUGCUAACAUACAGUUCGUACCUGAUACUAGUCAAACUAAAAACAAAUGGUUAGCUGCUGAACCUUAAAGUUUACUUGGUACUCUUACUUUUAAUAUUGAAUUUAUAUUCAUUUUCUUUCAAAAAUUGUAGUUUUUUAAAUUCUCUUGUUUACCUUUUUAUUUUUUUUACCUAAUAAGUAAUUUAAUUGUUUUGACUAAAUGAUUGCUGAUUAGACAAUAUUUUCCUUUUAUUUAAUUUUAAUUUAAAAACUAAUCAAAUGUUGACCUCUUAAAGUUGUCUAAUUUUUAGGUUUUACCAUGAGUUGUUAAAGU